UCUGGCGCAAGGAGCUCCUCCAGGGUCCCCUCUGUACCCCACUACUGCCUCUAUCUUUCUUUUGACCAUCUCGGCCACCAUGCUGACGGCCGUCCUCAUCCCCUCUCUGCUGGCCCUCUUUGUCGCGCUCUUUACCCUCCCCGGCAGCCGAGCAUUCAUCCACAACGCCGCCCGCCACCCCCUCCCCACACACGACAGCAGGCGGCCCUUCCGCAGAGACCUACUGAGGCAUCCCACAUCUCACUCGCGUGUCGCUCUCAACGGCAUUCGGUGGCCCGGCUCCACCAAGCCGCCCGCCGACUCGUCUGGCGGCGAAUCCGACGCCAAUAAGCCCAAUCCCAGGUGGUUUGGAGGCGGUCAGCACCAGGGCGGCAGCAACGGCGCAGGCAGCCAGGCCAACGCGCAGAGCAAGCAGCUGUUCGUGCCGGCCAUCAACCCGUCCACUUCUGACUGGCGAGAGUUUCGGGCGCGGCUGGUGGCUGGGUCGCAGGGGCGGUUCGAGCAGAACAGCAAGAACAUGCAGCUGAUGAAGGGAUCGGGGUGGAUCCAUUCUCUGGAGAAUGUGGAGAAGGGGUGCUUGCUGAUGGCCUCGCCGCGAGCCCGCUUUAAUGGCGACUGCUUCGACCACUCGGUCGUGCUGGUGCUUUCCCAUGACCCCGACCUGGGCAGCGUCGGCGUCAUACUCAACUACGUGAGCCUUUCUUCCCCCCCCUCAGGCACACACACAUGCCGAUGCAUGCACGCGUGCAUCCAUGUGUUGUGUGUGAUGCUUGGUUGUCUUGUUCAGCCUCUGUUCCAGCUUGGUCACCAGACAGACGCGCCUCGCGAGUUCCAGGACUGCUGGCUGUGCUAUGGCGGGCCUGUGGGGACCAAUGACGUCAUCCUGCUGCACAGCUGCAAAGACAUUCCUGAGGCCAAGGUGCGUAUGUGCGUGGCGGGCGGGCAACACAUCCAUCCGUGUGCCGCGGACGUGUGUGUGCCCGUGCGUGCAGGAGGUUGUCAAGGGCAUCUAUCAAGGCGGCGAUCCUCAUGCGUGUGCCGAGAGGAUCAGGAACCAAAAGGCGUCUCCCAACGACUUUAGAUUCUUCCUGCAGUUCGCCGCAUGGUCAGCCACACGCACGCAACCCACACACGAAUCAGGCGCGUUCCAAUUCAUGUGCCCAUGUGUAUUCCACUGCAGGGCGCCCGGUCAGCUGGAGCAGGAAGUCAAUCUGGGAUGGUGGGUGGUGGCCGCCCCCUCCACCGACCUCAUUUGGAGCCUUCCCCCCGGCCCAAAACAGCCCUCCUCCUCCGACAAGUCUCCAGCCAUAUGGAAGCUCUGUCUGCAGCAGCUGGGCGGCGACAACGCCAACCUCGCGGCCAAGUCGGUCUUGGACGCCCCGCCAGGCGCGCUGGAGGCCGCAGAGGCAAGGGCUGCUUCUGCGACCCCCGCUGGUGCGCUGAGCGUGGGUGAGGGGCUGGAGGGUCCUGGUGGGGCGAGGGGAAUAUCGUUCUCAUGGGAUGGGCUGUUUGAUAGUUCGGAGGGAGAUAAGGAGGAAGAGUCAUAGUGUGUGGUGGGUGGUGGGUGGGAGGGGCGUUUAAAUCCCUGUGUGGCCGGCUGAUUGUCACAAACAACAGAUUGUUUUGUUUUGUUUGUUGGCGGCUGACCGGCUCACUGGGUUGGUGAUUGAGUGCUUGGUGGGGUGUUUUCUGUGCGGUGGUGCUGAGAGGGAGGGGGGCGAGGGCUUGCUGGUGCACGUGUACAAUACAUGCAAUGCCAUGCGUAACUAGACAGGCAGGCAGGCAGGUGUCCUUUUUCGUGAACGGCCUGGCCUGCUCAAUGAAGGAGACAAAAAGAAAUGCUGGAUGACGCCCUUGUGCCACGGCUGUUUAUGGUCCUUUGAAAGGACACACAGGCUCGGCUGCGUGCGGUGGAUGCUUUGCGUGUGCGUGCCUUGUAACAUACUUGUACAUGUCUGCUGUGUCAGUGCGUGUGUCCAUCCCUCCCCGCCCACCACUCACUCACUGACUGACGCCCCUCCCUGCUGUCUGUGUGCCUCUCGCCCUUUGGUUUCGCUUUUUGGCUGUUCCAUGCACACGUGGGCGUUUUGUGUUGUCGCUGGCUAAGGACAGAUAGAGCAGCAUCCGUCUUCGACUUUGCAUGGGGGUUUUGCGGAUGUGACCGUUCUUCAUCCUCCUUGGAACGCUGCAGCGAUGCGGGCAGCCACCUGCGUAGGCGAGCUGCGUUGCCUGGAGGCUGGCGAACGGUCACAUCCGGGAGGCACUGAGAUCCUCCGCUGUGGCAUUUUUCCAGUCGGCCACACGACGCCCACAGACACAACGUACACACGGUCUUUCUAAUUUGACUGUGUAUUGUUCCCACCCCUAUCGUUCAAUUUACAUACGAG